AAAUGACAAGUAACUACUUAUUUCUCAAAACAUUAAAUUAUUAUCUUUUGGUGUGUUAUCUUGUAUAAAGUUUACAUGACUUUGUGUGCAAAUUAUUAAACCGACAGACGAAAUACGUGCAAUAAUUAAUAAUCAAUCCAGAACAAUUAACAACAAUUAUAAUAUGUGUUGACAAACUAAUUAAACAUCAAGAACAUGAGAUCCACCAAGAAUACACUGUUAAAAGUGGUGAUUUUAGGAGACGGAGGUGUGGGCAAAAGCUGUUUGAUGAACAGAUUUGUGUCCAACCAAUUUGAUGAACAUUCAUUCCACACAAUUGGUGUGGAGUUUUUAAAUAAAGACAUUGAAAUUAAUGGUGAUACAUAUACUCUACAGAUAUGGGAUACUGCAGGUCAGGAAAGGUUCAAAACAUUGAGAACCCCAUUCUACAGAGGUAGUGAUAUUUGCAUGUUAACUUAUUCAAUAGAUGAUAAAAUGAGCUUUAAGAAUCUACAAAUGUGGAAAAAUGAAUUUUUGUACUAUGCAGAUGUUAAAGAAAAUACACAAUUUCCCUUCAUUGUAAUUGGCAACAAGUCGGAUGUAACAUCUGACAGAGAAGUAUCACAAUUGGAAAUGGAGACGUGGUGCAACGAAAACGGAAUAACAUCAUGUAUAGAAACCUCAGCGAAAAACGCCAGCAAUGUCCAAGAAGCUUUUAAGCUGGCCGUUGAACAUUGGUUGCGUCUGGAAACGAGGGCAGAUAAAAAUGAACCAGCUUUUAACGACACCGUGGAUUUGACAAAAAAGCAGGGCGAGAAUCGGUCAUCCUGUUGCAUAGGAAACACGGAUGAAUAAACGGUUAGGUAAUAGGUAUUUCAGUUUUAUCACGGGUAAACUAUGGAUUUUAGGUGAAUUGAUUUCUUGCUUUUUAUUGUGAUGAGUCAUGCAUACAAGUAUGAACUUGGUGCUCAUGUAAACAGUUUGUAUAUUUUGUCAUCAUAAUAAGAUUUUUAAAUUAAUUAUAAAUACAUAUCCACAUAUGUUUAGUUUAUUACAAAAUAUAUUUUUUGUAAUUAUCAUGUACAGAAAUAAUAACAUGCUUUGUCAUGAUUGCAAAUUAUAUAUUACAUGAUAUUACUCAUUAUAAAUAGUAUUAGAGAAAUUAUUUCAUUUUAUGAUGACAAAAUUCACUAUUUAGUAUUAUUAUUGUAAAAUACUUUUUUUUAAAUUAAUUUAAAUAUUGUACUUAAUUGUUACUGAAUAUCCAAUUUAACUAAAGUUAAAUAAAUAAAUUAAUAUGUAUUUAUAGUGUUUCCAAUUUGGAAUUUAUUAUUAAAAUUUCAGUAUAUUUAGCUAAAUUUGAGUUACAUCAAUCAAUAUAAUUAUUAUAAAAUGUGAUAAUAAACAUUUCAAGCAAAUUAAUUCAAGUUAAUUUUGCAUUUAGAAUAUUUCUGUGAUUUUCUAGUUUUAAGUGUUGCAGUUUUAUGUUUAAACUUUAGUUAAUUUAUUUAAAAUGAAUGAUAGUUUUGAGUAUUAUUUGUUAAUAUAAUUUAUUAGGAUAGUCAUAUAAAUCAUAAUAAAGUAUUCACCUCAUAUCACUCCUUGUUUGAAUAGAGCUAACAAUAAGUAGUGUUUAUUAUACAGUGUAAUUAUUAUUUGUAUUUUAUGUAGAUAUGUGUAAUUAUAUUGCACUAAAUGAUAGAUCAAAAUUGAGGGAGCACUUAGUAUUGAAUUUAGAUUGAGGAGAAUGUACUUUCAGACAAUGUUAAUCAUUAUGUAAUAUUUUCUAUUUAAUGUUUGAUCUAUCUUUUUAUAUUCAGUAUUAUAUGUUGCUAUACCUGUUAAAUACUCUUCAUAUUGUGAACGAUUUGCAAUCCCAUUUUAUCGCAAAGUACAUUCUUCGUAUCUCAGGAUAAACACCAAAUUUUACACUUUGAAGCCUGUUGCUUAAUACAUUGCUAAGAAAAUAUUCAAUAUUUUCUUUAUAACAAUGUUCAGCUUUUGUGUACAUAGUCAAUAGCAAUGUGGAUAGCUUUUGUACUGCAAUAAAUGUUACAUUUUAAUAGAA